AUGGUGAACCCUCCUAAGACCUGCCAGACAUUCUGUAAGAAGUGUGGCAAACACCAUAAAGUGACGCAGCACCAGAAGGGCAAGGAUUCUCUGUACACACAGGGAAAGCAGCUUAUGACAGGAAACAGUGGCUGUGGAGGGACAAUUUUCAAGAAAAAGGCUAAAACUAUGAAGAAGGUUGUGCUGAGGCUUGAGUGUGUUGAGCCCAACUGCAGAUCUAAGAGAAUACUGUCUAUUAAGAGAGGCAAGCAUUUUGAACUGGGAGAGAGAAGAAGAGAAAGGGUCAAGUGA